CGACGCGAUUAAGGAGGAAGCCACUGGUGAAGACCAACAAUCCGGCCGCCAUCAGAUGGCAGCCCGCACGCUGUUUAAGAGCUGCAGUUUCGGCCAACUCGUCGCCAGCAGAUGGCGGCUGCAUACAGCUCGAGAAGCACGCGAAGUCGGUUGGAGAUAUUUCAAAUUGUGCGCAUUUAGUUUUUGCAUCGCGAUCGCAAGUCCCAGAUCGAAUGUCCAGACCAACGUGCAACGACGUCAAAUCAUGAUACGAUCUCGGCAGUAAAAUUGCGUAGUCAUGCGUUACGCGAGAUAUCUCGGCUCUUGGAAAUUCCGCGCUCUGGCUUGUUACAUGUUCGGAAACGCGAUGGCGAUCAACGACGAUCUGAGCUUCGGAUAUAUAUUCAAAUGGAAGAACUUGGCAGAGGGCUUCGACGAGGCUAAGGUCAUCCGGAAGCCGAUAUUCCUUCUGAUCUACAAGACAGGCUGCCCCACUUGCGAGAAGCUGAAGCCCAAAUUCAGAAAGUCCAUCAGAAUCCUCGAUCUUAGCCAGUACUUCGUUAUGGUGAGCGCCAGGAAGGGUGAGAUGUCCGCGAAAGAUGAGACGAGAUUUCAGCCGGACGGGACCUACGUCCCUAGAAUCCUGUUCUUCACCCCGGACGGCGAGUUUAUGGAAGACAUUUAUAAUCGUCAUUCGCAGGCCGACAAUAAGUGUAAAUACUUUUAUAGUAGCACGGGUCAGAUAAUAGACAGCAUGAUUUUGGCAUUGGAACGCUGUCCCAAAUAGUCGUUAUAGUCUGUUUAACAAUGUUAGCUUUUUUGUGAAAUAAUACUUUGAAAUUGAAACGAUACAUAUCGAUGCGCAUGAACGACACGCACAGUAUUGUUUUAGUGAAUCAACACGCAUUGCAAAUUAA